GCUUCUUUUGUUGCCUAGUAACUCCAUGGCUAAUAGCAUCAUUCUUCGGGUGACUAUACUCAUAAUCAUAUUCUCCUCACUCUUCAUGAGUUCACAGGCACGUAUUCUUCACUGGCACAAGGUUUUGCAGAAAAGCAAAGACAGCCAAAAACUUCUCCAUUUAGGUUUUGAUCUCUCCAACCUUGAUCAUUUUCAAAGGAGGUUAGUCGUGGAGCCAUAUCAUGACCAAGUUGUACCCGGAGGACCAGACCAUCAGCAUCACUUGUAACCAGCAUAAAACUAUUCUAGUCACCAGCUUAAAGGGAGUGAUUUUGGUUUUAGAACAUGCUAAUGCCCCCAAAAGAAUAAUAUUAAGUUUAGAGUUUAAUUAUCACAAAUUUAUUAUGAUCUUUUAAUUUCUACCCCUAAAAUCAAAAUUAGUUGUUGAAACAUGCAGAGCAACUUACAUCCUUCUCAAAAAAGCUCAUAAA